CCGCAUCAUCGCCGAGGCGGGGCCUAUCGUCAUCGGAGAGGGGAACCUGAUCGAGGAGCAGGCGCUCAUCAUCAACGGGUACCCAGAAAAUAUAACCCCAGAGAGCGAAGAUGUGGAGCCCAAGCCCAUGGUCAUUGGCACCAACAAUGUUUUUGAGGUUGGGUGCUAUUCCCAAGCAAUGAAGGUGGGAGACAACAACGUCAUAGAAUCCAAAGCGUUUGUAGGCAGGAACGUGAUCCUGACGAGCGGCUGCAUCAUCGGGGCCUGCUGCAACGUGAACACCUACGAGGUGAUCCCGGAGAACACCGUCAUCUACGGCGCUGACUGCCUGCGCCGCGUGCAGACCGAGCGGCCUCAGCCCCAGACGCUGCAGCUGGAUUUCCUCAUGAAGAUCCUGCCCAACUACCACCACCUGAAGAAGACCAUGAAGACCGCAUCCACCCCUGUCAAGAGCUGAGCACCCACCUCAUGUUCCAGUGCCUGGGAAUCACUACACACUCUGGGAAGAGUCCAGUCUCUACAUCCCUCAUUCCAUCAAACCAUUUUUUCCUUCUUUGUGUAAUUUAUUUAUCUUCCACCGGGAAUCUCUGACCUGCAUUGAGUCUGUUGUCUCUCAUGCAUUAACUCUACUGUUCGUGCUCUGUUUCGGGAAUAAAAUACCUCCUGUUCCUGUGUCCGAGGGAA